AUGGGGAAAACCAACAUUCUUCCAGAGGCCAACGAAAACUCGCCACUGAUGUCCCAAGGUCAGACUAGUGGUCCCAACCAUGCCUCUGCUGAGGAUUUGGUGGACAACGUCGAUGAAUCGUCUAAGAGUAGUUGGUAUUUGUUCUUGUUGACUGUGUCUAUCGGGGGUUCAUUUUGGAAUCUGCUACUGAUGCAGGUGUUUCUGCAGCCUUCAGGUCGUAUGGUCUGUGGAACUUGGCAAUGGAUCGCCUUUCUUAUUAUCAUUGGGAAUGAGCAAAGCUCUUCUUGCUUUUGUCUGGAUCGCCGGUCCAUUGACAGGCGCAUUGGUGCAGCCGUAUAUCGGUAUCCGCAGCGACAACUGCCGGUCCCGCUGGGUAAGAGGAAGCCGUUCAUGGUAGGCGGCGGAGCUGCAACCCUUGUGUCUCUUCUUGCUCUUGCUUGGGUGAAGGAGAUCGUCGGUGGCUUCUUAUCCAUCUUUGGGGUUGACCCAGCUUCGACUGGCACCAAAAUCACGACUAUUACUUUGGCAACGAUUUUCAUGUAUUGCCUGGAUUUUGCCAUUAAUACAGUGCAAGCGGGAAUCAGAGCUUUCAUUCUCGAUAAUUGUCCAGCUCACCAGCAGGAAUUAUCCAACGCCUGGGCAAGUCGGUGGACAGGUGUCGGCAACAUCGUCGGCUACAUCUUUGGCUACAUGAAUCUACCAAAGCACCUCCCAUUUCUCGGGAAAACUCAGUUUCAAAUACUGAGCGCUCUCGCUUCGAUCUCUCUUACGGCGACCUUAAUCAUUAGUUGCCUCUACAUCAAAGAACGCGAUCCUCGUCUGGAUGGUCCGCCACCAUCGGACGGUCUAAGCGUUAUUCAGUUUUUCCGACAGACUUUCAAAUCCAUCCGCAAUCUCCCGACACAGAUCGCGCGGGUCUGCGAAGUCCAGCUAGCGGCCUGGACCGGCUGGUUCCCGUUCUUGUACUACUCUAGUACCUACGUCGGCCAGCUUUAUGUCAAUCCGAUCUUUGCGAAACAUCCCGACCUCCCUAGGGACCAAAUUGAUAAGACAUGGGAGGAAGCUACCCGCGUGGGGACAUUCGCCCUACUUAUCUAUGCGAUCGUCUCCUUCGCCGCGAACAUGAUACUUCCGCUUUUCGUCGUCCCCACCUACGAGACAGUACUUCCCGACAUCGCAGAUCAAGAAGAUAAUUUCGAAGAUCUUGUUGCGGAUGAAGAAGAGAACGAGCACAAUGCCCGAUCGUCCUUCUCCGGAGCCCGUACCGGUACCGGCUCAGCACCACUCUUGGGCAGGACAAACGCAAAGGCUACCGUCGAGUCUGACAAGAAGCCAUCAUGGCUCACUAAGCUUCAAGUACCAGGCUUGACCCUGCGCCGCACCUGGAUUUCCUCGCAUAUCCUCUUCGCUUUUUGCGCAUUCUGCACCAUCUUCGUAAGCUCCUACCAGGCUGGGUCCGCCAUUAUCGGCUUGACCGGAAUAUGCUGGGCGGUGACUCUCUGGGCGCCAUUUGCUUUUAUCUCUGCCGAGGUCUCCCGAAUGGAUCUCGAGCGGCGUCUGCGCCGCCGCCAUGCUGCAACGGGCUCGACGCCAAGAACUCGAACCCACGCCGGGUCGAAUUCGUAUGUACCUCUCCCCGUGGAAGAAGAUCGUGAAGGAGAUGAGGACCGUGCUCGUGAAAAUGACCCGGAGAACGGCCGCUCGAAGCUUUCUAGCGACGAAGACGAGAAUCUGGUUCAGGCGGGCAUCAUCCUUGGCUUGCAUAAUGUUGCCGUGUCCUUUCCUCAGAUCUUCUCGAGCCUCAUCUGCAGUGGCAUUUUCAAGGUCUUGCAGAAGCCCCGUGGAGCUCCGUACGAUGACAGUGUGGGCUGGGUGCUUCGGUUUGGUGGGUGUGCUGCCUUGGUCGCUGCGUGGUUGACGAAGCGAUUACACGACGGUCCUCAUUAA